AUGGCUCGGCACAUCCUUUUGCAUCUCAGGCUGCGGCCAGUCCUCAGCGUUGCUCCCAAGAGGUUGAAGCCCACAGGCUUGGUACAAGCUCACCGGCGCCUGGUUCAAUCAUUGUCUGCACAGCUUGGAAAGCCAAAGGCUGCUUCCAAGGCUUCAGUGGAGGCACUCCUGCCGCUCGAUCUUUUCCAGCGGGUGGUGGCCGCAUUGGAUGCCAGGUCUUGGGGCUUCAGUGGCGCAACUCUACCCUCGCCGCUGGGGCAGUUCUGCGAGAGUAGCUGCAGGCCUGGAGCCCCUCUCAGGGACGCAGCGGCGACAGCUUUGGCUCCGGUUUUGCAAGCCCUUCAGCAGCACGAAGAAAGACUUGGCGAGUCUGCCGAGGAAGAAGAGCCAGAGGCUUCGACAGGGCCCCGUUUGGUGGUGUCCCUGCCCGACCCAGAGACCGCCCGGCAAAGCUCCGUGGUGUUGUUACCCCAAUUUUUCGGAGAAGAAGAGAUUGAGCUUGUGAAGCGCCUCAGCGCUGACCUCCGCGGUGCUGCGCCGAAAGCCGUAACGGCAGGGCAGUGGCGCACGUGCUACUUGCAGCAGGAUGGUUUUGCCAGGAAAAGCUUGGCCACCAUCCUGGACAAACUUGCGGAUGCUGCAGUCCAGCGAGGCCCAGCGCCCUGGCGCCCUUGCAAACGAGAUGCUGGCCUGCUGCGGCCACGCUGCGUAGAGCACCACCUGGUCUCACCGGGAGGUGCUCUCCCAGACCCCACUCACUUCGACGGCGGCUCCCUUUUCACGAUCGACGUCAUGCUUUGUACACCUGGAGUCGACUUCCAAGGUGGAGACUUCUGCACGCUGGAAGGCAACGGACUACAAAAGCAUGCCUUUGACAGGGGAGACGCCCUUAUUUUUCUCUCGCACAAAGCCCACUGCGUGCAACCAGUGACGGAGGGAUUGCGACAGACCUUGGUGAUGGAGCUGUGGGAAGGCGAAGAGCGACGCUGCAACCACCGCUGCCACCAGAGAUCGGGAAGGUGCGAAGACGACUCUGGAGGCGAUGCAGGGGAAGAGACCUGGAAGGCGGAUCGCGUCGCCCAGGAGGGUUCUCGACUUUUCGCGACGACAGCGUUCGAAGGCAUCGCUUUCUUCCCCAAAGUCGCCCAGCUGCUUCGACAAGGUGCAAGGCCAGGUCAGAGGGCCAACGUCGAGGUGGUCUUUGAAGACCCGAGCCCUGUGGCCUUUGUGCGGGCCAAGCGGAGCCUGCGAAGAGGUGAGAUUCUUGCGGCGCAGCUGGAUGCAGAUGAUGACCAAGAGGAGGUAGAGGAGGUCGACACAGCUAGCAUGUCCGACUCGUAG